CARUUAAUGUGUUUAGUAAAAUAAGCUCGUGUUAAGAAUGUUUUUAAGCUAGCAGGGCUGCUCUGCUCGAAGCUCAGCGGGAUGUAGCGGGAAUGAGAGGGCUGGGAUUCUGUACGCUAAUACACUUUAUAUUGAAUCAAUAAAAUAAAAAACGGCUUCAUUUUAAACCGUAAAUCUGUUUUUGUUUCGUUGGGGGUCUCCUGGCGUUGCUUCGCGGUUAUUUCGUGUCGUAGUUUGACGGGUAUCCUCUGUGCUGCGCCGCUAAUCGAUACGCCGGUGUUGUGUCGAAAAGUGAUAGCCUGUCAAAAAUUGAUCUGCCGUUAUCGCGCAUGCGCAGUCUGUGUGAGAAGAACCGUUUUUUAUUUUCUGCAGUUAAACGUAAUWACAGUUUGUAUAUUUGUGACGUUGAAACAGCAAGCUAGAGACACUCAGACAGGCUGGGCGCGCUCCCAGUCAUCAAUAUUUGGCACAACAUCUGAGACUGAAGCAGCGUUUUAAUCCAUUGUCUGGACAGGCAGACCAGUUUUGUACGAAGGAUGGAGGCCCUGUUCAAUGAGUGGCUGUGGCAGGAGCGGUACUGGCUUCCUCCUGGUAUUGGAUGGAAGGACACUGAGAUGAAGGAAGAUGAGGGCCACUUUCCUUUACCCAGGGAUCUCAUCUGCACUUUACCACUGGCCUUGGUCUUCAUAGUGCUCAGAUUUGUGUUUGAGAGGAUCAUCGCAAUUCCUUUAAGCAGAUUUUUAGGUGUGAAGGAUCGGAUUCAAAUUCAAGUCUCACCUGUCCCAGAAUUGGAGGCCUUCUACAAGUACAAAAGUCGGCGACCAUCCAAAAGUGAGGUGGUGGGCUUGGUGAAGCAGUGUGAUCUCACCGAAAGGAAGAUCCAGACCUGGUUCAAGAACAGACGAAACCAGGACCGACCCAGCAAAACAAAAAAGUUCUGCGAGGAAUCCUGGAAGUUUGCGUUCUACCUGAUAGCAUUCACAGCAGGACUGAGCUCACUUAUUAAUACCUCAUGGCUCUGGGAUCAAAAAGAGUGCUGGAGGGGUUACCCCAAACAGCCCGUGUCAGACACUCACUACUGGUAUUACAUGCUGGAGAUGGGUUUCUAUCUGUCCCUGAUUCUGACUUUUUCUAGGGACGUCAAACGAAAGGAUUCCAAAUGGCAGCUGAUGCAUCACAUCACCACCGUAUUCCUCAUCGCCUUCUCAUACUGUGCCAACUAUGUGAGGGUUGGCUUGUUGGUGAUGCUGUUGCACGAUUCGUCCGACUACAUCCUCGAGUUGGCCAAGAUGUUUCACUACGCAGUUUGGAAGAGGACGAGUGAGUCGCUGUUUGUCGUCUUUGCUGUCGUCUUCCUGGUUACAAGACUCGUGGUGCUUCCUUGCAGACUUAUCCACACAACCUUGUUGGUGUCCAUGGAGUUCUACCAGCCCUUCUUCGGUUAUUAUUUCUUCAACGCUCUGCUCCUGGUGCUACAAGUGCUGCACAUCAUCUGGGGCCGCGACAUUGUGCGGAUGGCCUUCAAGUUUCUCUUCAGUGGCAAGAUCGAGGGCGAUGAGCGCAGCGAUACAGAGAGCGAGGACGACGAAGAAGGAGAGGGAGGGGACGCAGAGGAUGAAGAGAACAGGAUGAACUCUAAACUGACUCCGCUGGCUAACGACAGUGUCCUGAACAACCUGACCAAUCAGAGGAGCGUAAACAACCGGCUGCCCAAAGCCAGAUAAUGGAUCAGCUCCCAUCUCUCUCUCACACACACACACACACACACACACACACACACACACACACACACACACACACACCAAACAUCUACUUUCACUUACUGGGGAUGAACUAAUUCAUUAGACACAGUUCACUGGAAAUUUCAGGUCAAAAUAGUUACUCAUUAUACUUUUUUUCUCCAAAAACAGAAGCACAGGCGACUGUAGAUCUUUACAACCAGUGAACAAAGAGGAAAUGACAUCAUACCGCUAAAAAAAUAAAAUAAAAUAAAUCUAAAAAACAUGAAAAUACUUUAAGUUUUACUGUGGUUUUGGUAGAUUUUAUAUUUAUACUGGGUUUUUUUUUCAUGUUAUUCAACUUGUUUGUAAAUACUGAAAGGAAAAAACUAUUUAAUUUAGUAUUUGGAAAAGGCUAGAUUUCUUCAGUUAUAAGACAAACUGCAGUAAUAUGUGGUAUAAUUUAAACAAAUAAGCUCAAAGCUACAAUAUCUUUGUAAAUUAUCUUCACAGCUUGAUUAUUCUUUGCAUAAAGAUGAUUUAAAACACUGAUUCUAGUGUUCAGAAGCUUUAGAAUAUUAAGUUUACAAUCUUUGGCCCAGUAUAAAAUACUGCUGCAGAAGUUCUGUGGGAACUAUUAGGUUGUAAUAAGUUCCUCAUGUUCAGUCAGGUUUUAAACUGAUAUAGCGCCCCCUGCUGUGCAAAAAAAGAAUAUAUUCUUGUCUCUGCUGCCAGUGUGCACAGAAAGCUCACCAAUUAAUUGGUUUAAUUUAUUGAAAAAUUGCACUGAAACAUGGGCUUGUUUUAUUUGUCUUCUGUUCCUACAUGCUGUGAAACUAAUUAAUUUUUGUUGGAGUUUUGUUAAAGUUUACACCUCUAGAGAGACUGCCGUUUUGUUUUUUCAUUGUUUUGCUACAAGCUCUCUGUCUAAAACCUGUAUUUAAGUGGUGAAAUUCACUGAACAAAGCCACAUAGACCUGGGUAAGUCAGAGAAACAUGUACAUAGUUGGGCAUUAGUGAGAUAUUUUAUGGCUUCAUGACUCAGAGAACAAASUUUGAAUAAAAAAAUUUGACUGGCUUAGUGUAAUUUACUGAUACCAGGCACUUACUUGUUCCGCUCAAUGAAAUAAGCAGCUACAGACAAAAACACUCAUCAAACAUCACUUCCUGCUUUUCACCGGGGCAUUCCAAAAAAGUGGGUUGUGGUCUGUGUAAACCACCACUUUAUUACCACCACUUAAGUAAACGUCGAAAUGAGUGAGAGCAAGAAUCAAAGCCAGCGUUUCUUUUUCUACAACCGAAAAACUGUCAAACACAAGGCCCGCGGGCCACAUGACUAUAUAGUAGCAAUUCUUGUCAUUCUGACAGGCUUCUAUUUACACAAAGUGUCUAAAAAUAUAGCAAAUUCUCUGUAAUGUGUUGGCACAUCACCUGAUGAUGAUGAUGAUGAUGAUGAUGAUGAUGAUGAUGAUGAUGAUACAGCGCGCGCCUCCUCCUGUCCUCAGGACCGUGCGUAAAAAACAAGCUCCUCCUCUUCUUUCCCUUUCUCAUUAGUCGCUGGUUGUUUCAAUCUUUGAGCGCAACUUUAAGACGAGCUUGAACCGGUAGGUGUAACAUUUUACAGACACUCCGUUACAGUUAAUGUGUUUAGUAAAAUAAGCUCGCAUUAAGAAUGUUUUUAAGCUAGCAGGGCUGCUCCGCUCGAAGCUCAGCGGGAUGUAGCGGGAAUGAGAGAGCUGGGAUUCUGUACGCUAAUAUACUUUAUAUUGAAUCAAUAAAAUAAAUAAAAAGCUUCAUUUUAAACCGUAAA